UGGCAGUACGCUGGUUAUGUAUUGAUAAUUUGCCAUCGAUCAGUUUAAAUCUGGUGUUGGUUAGUGUCAUUCUUCUGCUAGUAGUGUCUUUCAAUCACCAUGGCGGGAUAUGACGAUUAUACUCCCUAUGAGAAUACUUGGCAUAUCAUUCCUCCGGAUUAUAUUCAUCUGGAAGAGGAAUACCGAUAUCCAUUAUUGGAUACCAUGAAAAUGACCGGAACAACCAUAGCCAACCAAAGACAACCUGCCAGUUUUGCAAUUAGUGAUAUUUUAGAAUUAGAUAGACAAAAUAGUGAAGAAAUAGAUCCAAUAACCACAGAUAUGUCAGUUUACCCCACACACCACGACCUUUCCUAUUCAACUAGACAUCAGUGGCUUCAAGUACCUGAACCUGGAAUGCAUCACGCACCACCUCACCUAACCAUUCCACCCCAUUCGUCACAACUAAGCCCAGACAGCACCAGUCCCGCAAUAUCAGAGAGAUCCAGCGUCCCCCCAGACACGCCUUUGGGAGACUCCAACAUGACAAACCCCCUUAACCAAGCUCCUUCCUCAAUGGGAACGAUCAGCGAAGGAGAAAUGGAAGAACAAGAUGACAUUAAAGAAGAGGAAGGAGAACAACAGUCGAAUGGACCGAAGAAAAGGAAACGAAGGGUUCUGUUUUCGAAGGCGCAAACGUAUGAGUUGGAGAGGAGGUUUAGGCAACAAAGGUAUCUGUCAGCUCCCGAGAGGGAACAUCUAGCGUCGAUAAUUAGGCUGACUCCAACGCAGGUUAAAAUUUGGUUCCAGAAUCAUAGAUACAAGACUAAACGAGCCCAACACGAAAAAGGCAUGCACGACCAGCAAAACAACCCCAUGCCUUCACCAAGGCGAGUAGCAGUCCCCGUCCUCGUCCGUGACGGCAAACCCUGCUUAGCAGGCGGCCAAAAAACCGACAAUGUUCCUUUACCCAGUUCGAUGAUGAUGGCCAACCACGCGGCUCAUCCUUUAAUGUAUGGCCAACCCAGGGUUUGGUGGUAGAACAUAUCAGUAGGGAUGGUUAAAGGAUAGCAGUGUGGUUUAGGAAAGUAGAAUAUUUGGAGGGCAGCUGUGAGAUUUUGACUAGCAGGAUACUAGUCUAAGAUAAGUCUUUUCUGUAUAAUAGUUGGGACGAUUUAAUCGAAUGAUCUUAAACCUGAUUGCCAUGUUUCUCAAAGUAGCGUUAACAGUUGUUAAAUAAUUCUAGUGAGUAGGUUGAAUAUUUUUUUUAAUUUGACGAAUAUUUUACUAUAAAAAUGUUUAUUGUCUCCUUCUACUUGGUUCUUAGUCAUUUAUAGAGAUGUGGUGACAUCAUCAAAUUUUUAUAAUUUCUUUCCAUCGUACUCUGUUCUGAGCUAGUUGUUCGGCAUCUAGAAUUCCUCGGAUGAUCAGUGUUUUUGUUUGAUCCACCCAACGGCAUUGAGAUCUUCCCUUCGGUCUUUUUCCUUCAACUUUUCCCUCGAUGAUAAGUUUUUACAUCGUGCCUGUUCUUCUGGCAAUGUGUCCAAAAUAUUGAAAAUAUCUUUGUUGUAUUUGUUUAACCCAUUCGCUGCCGAUCGAAGAGAAUGGAACUCUGCUAGGAGCCAUUUUGUUGAUUGGCACCUAACUGAAGUAACUGUAUCACUCGCUGGCGCGUGAUCGGCAGCAAAUCAGUUAAGCAACCUAUUUUUUAUAUUAACUUGUAUUAUGGAUACAUUUGUUCGAUAUUCAACCCGGUAUAUUCUCAAUAUUCGGCGGUGGUGGCCUGUUAAAAUGGCCCGGUCAAAACAGCCCCGUCAAAAUAGCCCGGAUACAAAAGAGCCUCGACAAAAUAGUUCCGACAAAACAGAUCGCACACAAAAUAGCCCCGGCUAAGACAGCCCCGGCUAAAAUAGCUCCGGCGAAAACACCCCCAAUAAAAAUAUUCUUCUGAAGCUAUUUCUUUGUGGCAUUUUUUCUUUUGUGUAAUUAACUAUUUUAAUUGGGAAAUAAGCCACAGUUUAACUUAAAAAAAAAUUUUAUUGACGUUUCGACUUCCAAUUCGGACGUCGUUGUCAAAAUACAAAAUAUUAAUGAUAUAAAAUAUAAACAUUAUUAUUUUGUGUUUUCGACAUCCGAAUUGGAAGUAGAAACGUUAAUAAAAUUAUUUUUUCAAGUUAAAUUAUGGCUUAUUUAUCAUAACAUCAAGAAUUUAAUACAUUCACGUCCAAAACAUUACAAUUCUAAUUUGACAGCAAUUAUCCUAAUUGUUUUUCAAAUCAUUUAGAUAACAGAACGCAUUGUAAGAACUUGACCUAACAGAAGACACAGGGUUCGAGUUCCCUGAAAAACCAUUUUUAUUUAAUGUGGUUAAGAUAAACAUCUGCACAGAGAAUAAUUCUUCUUCUUCUACGCAGUGGUCAGCAAACUUUUUAGCCAAAGAGCCAAAUAUGAACUUUACAAUUAAAAAAAAAUUUGAGCUAAAUCUGCUUGUUCAGCAAACUUUUAUUACACGAAAUAAAACUAAAGCCCUACUACCUAGCCCCAUCCAUAACCCCCAAAAAAUUAAAACGUGUUUUUUUCGUUUUUUGGCGAUAUUUUCGUUUCUAAUCAUCGUAGAAACUUCUAUUUUCUUUCAUUUUGUAAGGUUUUAUUUCCUACAACACUGUAUUUGUUACAAAAAUUUUGGCGCAAAAUCCAUUUUUUUUAAUGUUGAUAUGUAGAACCAAAAAGGGAAAGAACAGCAAACGUGAGCUUUUUCAUCUGAUCAUGAGUAUCAGGAAUACUAUUCCAAGCAUUGAAAAUGAUCAUAUCUUGCUUCUCCAGGUCAUUCAAAGCAGACCACUUGUGUUGUGAACAUUUUUUCCUUCUCCAAUAUGUCCAAUUCAACACGAAGGCGUUAGAAUUUAGAGCACCAUACAUCCUUGUUCUUAAAUACAUAUUUCAAAGCUAUUAAUGCAAAUGUUAAAAGAAGAAAAUUUCAACUCGGUUAUCGUAGCAUUAAGACGAAUUUUGACAAAUGCUAAAGUUUGUAAGUUUGAUAAAAGCUAAUUUAUCAGAAUAAGAUGUACUUAGGUAAUGUUUUCCCUACCAAGUUUUUUUAAUGAAAAUAUUAUUGCGCUUUCCGUGGAUAUUUGUGCCAGAGCCGCACCUAAGGAGCCAAAGCAAAGCCACGAGACUCCGGAGCCGCACUUUGCUGACCACUAUUCUACGGCACUGCAGCCCAAAUUUAGCGUUGGCCUCCUUUAUUUUUGGCGUCCACCCUUGUUUGUCUGUAGCUGCUCUUCUCCAUAAGGCCGAUGCCACAUUAUGCGUUUUGACCGGAUGCGGUGAAAACGCAUCCGUUUCCAACGCAACCGGACCGAUCUGUUACACUAUGCGUUUUCACCGGAUGCGGCGGAAACGCAUCCGGUCAAAACGCAUAAUGUGGCAUCGGCCUAAGAGGAUACUUACUAUUUCCGAAAAAAUGUACUUUAAGGGAUUAUUUCAUGAUGACUUCUGAAGGGAGCUUUUUUGUCAGGGCUAUGUUGUGGGCGAGCUAUUGUUCCGCGGCUAUUUUGUCUGCAGGCUAUUUUGUCGGAGCUGUUUUGUGUGCGGGAUAUUAUGUCGGGGCUAUUUUGUCGGAGCUUUUUCGACGGGGCUAUUUUGAGGGGGUACCUUCGGUGAUAUAUCCACAUCUCAAAAGCCUCUAUUUUGUUCUUAUGUGCUUUCUUCAGGGUCCACGUUUCAGAUUCAUACUAUGGGAAAAAUAAGUGCUCUUACCAGUUUUAAUUUUGUGUGCAAUUACAAACAAACAACAUAUUUUUUCUCUUUUUUUUUACUGUGCUUUAUGAAACUUGGCAAAAGGUUUUUUAUUAUCAGUAAUAUUAAUAAUAUUAUUUUAUAAUCGACACCAAAUUUCCAAUAAACCUGUCAUCGUUCUUUUUCGAAAUAAAAUCUAGAAACGUUAUCAAAAAUUAGAUAUGUUGCAUUAAUAUGCGAACUUUUAUAUUGAGAUAAGACUUUUUGUGUAUACGUGACAUUGUCGAUCAGUUGCCAGGUAUCAAAACCAGUGAAGUAGAAGUAUAUUUAUUAAAAGAGGAAUACCAAAUUAAAAAGAUAAAAUUGUUAAUAUCUUUUAACUCGAUGCUUUUCUCUGUACGAGUUUUAUCAGUUUAACAUGCCGAAUUUUAUCGAGGGUAUUAUUAUAGUCAAUAAAAUAUAAAAAUACACUUUUUAUUCAUCUAACAAUAAGUGCAAAUAAUUCUUCACAGAUCAUUUAUUUUCUCUAGAGAAUAUACAUUAAAACAUAAUAAAAAGUAUUAAAAAAUCAAUACCAAAAU